AAUAGGCAAUAGGAAGAGUCCCAGCAGCUCAUGUUAAAUAGACCAUCUCAUAAAUAUUUCAAGCUCCACCCCUUCGUUCUUUAGAUUCAGAUACACCCCUCCCGUGGACAUCCUUGCUGGGUUUUUCCUUGUGCAAGUAUAAAAAGGCAUUCUUGAUUCACUUCAUUUUCACUUUCUCUUCUUCUCUUUACAUUCUUCACUCCUCACAUCCUCUUAUCUCAAACACACACACAACACAUUUUUAUUCACCAUGGUUGCUUCUGUUGGAAAGAUUGCCCCUGGUUUCAAGGCCACUGCUGUUGUUGAUGGAGCCUUCAAGGAGGUUUCCCUCGAUGACUACAAGGGUCAAUACGUUGUCCUUUUCUUCUACCCUCUUGAUUUCACUUUCGUCUGCCCCACUGAGAUCGUUGCUUUCUCUGAGGCUGUUGAGCGCUUCAACGCUCUCAAGACUGCUGUCUUGGCCUGCUCCUGCGACUCUGAGUUCUCUCACUUGGCCUGGGUCAACACCCCCCGCAAGCAGGGUGGUCUUGGUGAGAUGAAGAUCCCUAUCAUCUCUGACUUUACCAAGAAGAUCGCCACUGACUACGGUGUCCUCAAGGAGGAUGAGGGUGUCGCCUACCGUGGUCUCUUCAUCAUCGACCCCAAGCAGGUUGUUCGCCAGAUCACCAUCAACGAUCUCCCUGUUGGCCGUAACGUCGAUGAGACCAUCCGUCUUGUUGAGGCCUUCCAGUUCACUGAUGAGCACGGUGAGGUCUGCCCCAUCGGCUGGCAAAAGGGUCAGUCCACCAUCAAGCCUGAUGUCAGUGGAUCCAAGGAGUUCUUUGCUUCCUCUGCUUAAACAAGAAGCAAAAGAUACAAAAAAAACAAC